AUGAAACCGUUAAAAGUGACAAUGACAAACUCAUUAGUAAUGCACUACAAUCUCCAUAAACAAAUGGACAUGGUAGAGCCAUAUAAGGCUACUUAUAAAGAUUUAGUUAAUUUUCAUUCACCAGAAUAUAUAAAAUUUUUAUCAACUGUUUCACCUGCCAACGAAAACAGUUUUCUACCAGAAGUAAACAGAUUUAACGUUAAAGAUGACUGUCCUAUCUUCCCUGGUCUUUAUGAUUACUGUAGAUCAGUAGCAGGGGCAACAAUGAUGGCUGCUAAUAAAUUAAACAGUGGUGAAUAUGAAACAAUUAUCAAUUGGUCGGGUGGUUUCCAUCAUGCUAAAGUAUGUGAAGCAAGUGGAUUUUGUUAUGUAAACGAUAUUAACCUUGGAAUACUUGAAUUACUUAAAAUUCAUAAUAGAGUACUUUACAUUGAUAUUGAUGUUCAUCAUGGUGAUGGGGUAGAGGAGGCAUUUUAUAUAACAGAUCGUGUUAUGACCGCAUCAUUCCACAAGUAUGGUGAUUUCUUUCCAGGAACAGGAAGAUUAGAUGAUGUAGGUUUUGGUAAAGGAAAGAAUUAUUCUAUUAAUGUUCCCCUGAAGGAUGGUAUUGAUGAUAAGUCAUAUGAAGAUAUAUUUGUUCCUGUGAUACAGAAAAUUAUUGAGGUUUUUCAACCCAGUGCUAUUUUGAUGCAAUGUGGAGGUGAUUCAUUAUCUGGAGAUAGGUUAGGUUGUUUUAAUCUGACACAUGCAGGACAUGGAAGAUGUGUUGAGUUUGUUAAAUCAUUUAAUCUGCCACUUAUUCUAGUGGGAGGUGGAGGAUAUACAAUUGAUAAUGUAGCAAAAGCAUGGACAUAUGAGACUGGUAUAGUAGUAGGAAGUAGAUUAGAUGAAGAUAUUCCAUACAAUCAAUAUUUAACAUACUUUGCGCCUAAUUACAAAUUAAAAAUUCCACCCAUGAGUAUUGAAAAUAUGAAUACAAGAGCUGAGACUGAUCAAAUCAUUUCAACAAUUCAUGAAAGAUUAAGAGGAUUAACUAUUGCACCAUCAGUUCAAAUGUCUAUAACCCCAUCAUUUUUAAUUGAUGAGGAACAAAUAGACUCAGACGAAGAAUUUCUCUAUGAAAGGAUUUUAGAUGAUAAUGGAUUUGAUGGAGAACGUGAGUUGGAACAAACUGAAAGAAUAACUAAAACAGACAAUUUACCACAAGUAGAAAAAUCAGACUGA